UGAUUGGCUGAAAAGUGUAAAGAAAAGAAGCAUGGCUGCCACCAGUGCGAGAAAUUAAGAAAAAUAUUUCGGUUGUGUAUAUUGCCGCGUUAUAGAUACAGAAUAAAAUAGGUCACAUAGUAUAACGCGAACACAUACACAAGAGUUUAUUUCUGUGUCAAUAAAAAAGAGAUACGGGAGCCAGGACAUUCAACAGGACUGAAAAACAUCAUCUUCCAUGGGUAGGAUUCAUUAAGAUCUGACAGUUUGAAUUAAACGCAUUCGAGCCCGUGCUGGAGAUGACGGAGGUUGGGGAACGCCUUCCGCUGGAAUCUCAAGGGAUAGAACAGGUCACGAACGCUCAGAACAUUCUGGAAUCCGACAAUGGAAAUUCUGCUGAGUUCAAUGGCUUCAUUCCAGAGGAGGAACCCCCAACAAUUGACAUCAUCAUCAACAAUGUCGUCUGUAGUUUCAACACAAGAUGUCAUCUCAAUCUUAGAAGUAUUGCAAUGGAAGGUUCACAUGUUGAAUACAGGAGAGAACAAUCGAUGGUUAACAUGAAAAUCCGAAGACCGUACACAACAGCAACCAUAUGGUCCUCAGGGAAAAUUGUUUGUACUGGAGCCACAAGUGAAGAAGAAUCAAAGAUCGCUGCAAGGAAAUUUGCCCGCAAGUUACAACGUUUAGGGUAUAAAGUAACUUUCACCAACUUCAGGGUAGUAAAUGUGCUGGGAACAUGUGGCAUGCCAUUUCGUAUUAAAAUUGCUGGCUUUUCACAAAAGUAUCCAAAGGAUGCAAGUUAUGAACCAGAAUUACAUCCAGGAGUAACUUAUAAAAUAAAAGACCCUAAAGCAACACUCAAAAUAUUUUCCACAGGAAGCAUAACUGUUACAGCCCCAUGUGUCGCAAAUGUCCAAGCUGCCAUAGAACAUAUUUUUCCUUUAGUGUCUGAAUUUAAAGCUGAAGAUAGAGAAAUUGUAGAUAAAAACCUUGUAGCUCAAGAAAUGAAAUUCAUAAAGAAACAACGAGGAUCACUUCAGCCCGCAAAACCUGUAUCGCGAUUCGAAGAAUACCAGGAAGUGGAAAUGUACGACACAGAUUGCUCAGAUGAAGAGUUCGACAGUGACGAAAGUCAGGAUUGAGUGUGUAGCUAUAUAAAUCACAAGUGAAAGUGAAAGUGAAAGUUCACCUCACCAGUGUGACCCUCUGAGUUCGUUUGGCAUAUUUAAUUUUGAAUGUGUGUACACCUGUGUGUGGUCCCAACAAUAAAAGAAACUUGUGUUCAUUAUUUAUGCUAAUCAUUGCAUAAUGUGACUGUCCAUCCAUUUUCUUUUUUGAAUAUAUCUGUUAGAAUUAAAUUAAACAAAAAGAAUUAAAUAUGCAAUGAAAAAAUAUUUACAUUGUGAAGUAUGUGUUUAUGUUUGAUAAUGUGAAUAAAUUCUUAUAGGCUGUACCUUUAUGUUUAUAUUUCUUUGUGCCAUUAAGUUUCAAUUAAAGUAGAAUAAUGAUAUGUAACAUACUUUUUUGUUAGUGUACAUUAUGAUUGCGGAAGUUUUUCACCCACCAUUGCACCAAAUUUGAUCGAUUCAAACAUUAAAAAUAAUUUCAUUUUUUUAUUUGCAAGUCAACGGCUGUGGACAAAUUUAACUGUAUCUGUUAUUGUUUUUUGGGUCAGACAUGACUCUAAUUAGGUCAAUGUUAUCUUUACAACCUUCAGUUUACUAUUAUUUGACCAAGAAACCCAAGAAUUUUUCAAGUUUUGAACAAGAAUCUUACACACAAAUAUCAAUAAAUUAAAAUUUCACCUGUUUAUUUUUUUAUUGAAUUUGUAGUUGUAAUUCAGAUUAUUGUUAAAAAAAUAUUUAUUCUUUGAGUCAAAAUACCAUGGUGUUAAAAUGUUAACAUUCAAAGCCUGUCCCCUAUUUAAAUGUUAAUUAAAAUUUCUGAUAAAAUUUUGUUGUUUACAAGUUUUAUUUACUAAAUUAUCCAGGAAGGUGAAAAUUGAAAGGGAAGGAUUUUACAUUUAUAGUCUUGAAUUUGAGUAUACUAUUUACUGUAGUCUUUUAUGCAAAGGUGUGAAAGAAAAGUCUCAUGUUUUUUUACUGUUAGGUCAAUAAUAUUUUGCCAUACUAUUCGAAAACAAAAUAAAUGUGACAGCUUCUUUAAAUUGUGGAAAAAUUUCAUUGGAACAUUAAGUUUGUCUAACAAAAUUAUGGUUCAGUGAGAUCUUUCCUGUGUUUAUAACUUUUCCAACAGCAUGUUUUUUCAUGAAACAAGAUGUUAGAAGAAUUCUUUUGUUUAUUAUAGAGAGUGGAUAUAUUAACGAAUGGUGUCAAUGACAGAUCUAAGUUGAUGUUAGCUAGGUUAUGUUAUAUUGAUGUACUUGUAUGUAUGUAUUAGUUUUGGUAAAUUGAAAUUUUGUGGAUUGGAUAUAAAUCCUGAGUGCAUAAUCAUUUGGCACUCAUAUCCAUUAUUGGUUAAAAGUUAUUAUGUAAAUUUUUUCUGGUGCUCUACCUUGCAAUAAUGAUAAUACAAAAAUAAUAACAACACAAUGCACAUGGAUAACUGGAUGUAUUUUUAAUGAUUUUUCCCCCCAUUUCUUUGGUAUGCAAGAAGUGCUAAAAAAGUAAUAGUGCUAUUUUCCUUUUGUAUUGUACAUUUCACUUUCAAUGGUAAAUAACUAAGAGGAAAACAUAUCAGGAUUGUCAUGUUAUCUUGUUUAAGUACAACUCACCAAAAGUACUUUUAUUUAAAGGUGGAAACCCCUUUUUGGUUAGAAUUAUCAUCCUAAACAGGCAUGAAAUUUUUCAGUUCUGUGUUAGUUUACACCUUCUAUAAAACAUAUAGAAAUCAAUAACUGUUAUAUAUAUAAUUAUUAUUCAUAUUUACCUCAGUAGUUGCAUGUACAAUGCCAUAAUAAAUGCUGUUUUUGAUGCAUAUGCACACUAUAAACUCUUAGUUGACAUGCAUGACCACAUAUAUCCAGUGCACAUUUCAGCUUUUAUAGAAGUAAAGCUUUGCUGGAGCUAUAAUUUGUGUUGAAAUUCAUCUAAAUAAAACCUAAGUUGAUAGCUGCUUACCUGGUGAAUUUAGUGUCAUCGAUUCCAAGUACAUUUUGAGCUUCCCAGACUUUUGCAAUGUAUGAGUAUACAGAAAGCAAUGUUUUGAUAGUAGGAGUUUUAACCAAAUUAUUUCUUGAGCUUAAGGUUUGAAGAAUUGCAUGUUUAGGUUCCAAGUUAACUAUUAUUGCUCGGUUCUGUAAAACAACUCUUAUUUGCUUUUGAAAAUUUUGUUAAUGCAUUUACAUGUACAUGUACUUGUUGUCAAAAUUUAGGUAAAUUUGAUUUUCAUAUCUUAAAUCUUAAAUUUACAUGAAAUUUUGAAACUGUCUGAUACACUGUAACUAUGAAAAGUUGAGAGAGAUUGGAUGCUGAACACAAUCUACACAUUUUCUUCAUUUAAGUAUACAAUGCAAGUAUGAUAACAUUUUUUUUUCAUCAUCUACAUACACAUUAAUUAUGGGACUGUCACACAUCAUUUUUAUCAGAUCCAGAAUUUAAAACAUCUAUGAAAUCCUUGUUUGUGUAUUGUUGCAUGAAAGUGCCAAAUUGUGUAGUUCAUUUUAGUAAGGAUGCAAGUUGUAUUUGUUGUGGAAUAAUUGUAUAUAUUACAUACUGCAAACUAGCUUUUAUUUGAGAGCAAGAAAAUGUUUCAGGUGUUCAUUGCCAAUUACAUGUGUACCAGCCUCUGGUAUUUGUAUUAGAAAAAGAAAACUUGAAAAUAGAUGUCCCAAAUAAAAGUUUGUUUACAGUAUUGGAGUAAGUCAGGGAUAAUCACUUUUGCUUGUGUUUUCUCUCCUAAAUCAACAUGAACAUUGUCUAAGGGAAUCACUUCAUUGCCAUUAACAAAUCAAGCUGAACUUCAUUGAACUAACAACUAAUAUAAGGUAUAUACUCUGGCUAGUUUGGGUAUCAAUUUCAAAGGGCAUUUUAGUGAUCGUCUCCAUUUGUAUCCCAACUUUACGGCUAAUGAUAGUUCAGUUGUAAAUAUGUUUUGUGAGUAUAUUUGACUUGUUCACAGCUGUACUUGUAUUAUGCAUUUAAAGUUCACAUACAUUUGUAUGUAUUCGAAUAAAUAUUUUUCACCCUUGCA